AUGUUUAUUUCGGCACAGUGCCCGGGCAGUAUUUUCGGCGGACGCGAUUAUCACGGUAAUCCGACGUACGCGUGUCCGUACGGUUUUCGGCUUUUCGCCGGACGUCUCCGCAGUAAAAACGCCCGCAGUUCGCGUUCAUCGCCGCCGCCGUUCCGAGGCCUCCCCCUAACCGCCGGCGACCGCCUUCCCCCUGUGAUCGCGUGCGUGGCCAACGGCGAAUCGAACGGCGUACCUACUCGUGAAACGUCCGGACCGCCGUCGUCGCUUUCACAGACGUACGGUCCGUGA